AUGGACAGGAAAGUGAAGGAUUUAUCUAACAUUUUCAGAUUAGUGCCAAAUGUUGGUCUGGAAGAUGACUCCCCGUCUUCUAAGAGUGAGUGUACGCCGGAAGAUGACACUAAAGAGGACAUGCAUCCAUGCAUGGUGGAUGGAAACGCUGCAACCACGACAGUAAAAGAGGAAAUAGCUUCAACGCCUUCACAGCCAGAUAUUACAGAAACCCAAAGGAGCCCACAGCAUUAUGCAUUCACGAAUGGCGAACGCAAAAGAAGAAAGCUGCCAGAGAUUCCUAAGAAUAGGAAAUCAAAAAUUCUAGCAUGCAGUCAGUCAACGUCGCUGGCAGACGAACUCGGCCAAGUUACCGGGGUGCUGGUCAGGCCUGGGUGUCACACAAGACCACUGCUUGUCCUGAAAUGUGGGUAUCUCCUGGAUGAAGAUUCAAGCCCUGACUCGGAGAGAUUACAAAGCCUUGGGGAUGUCGACAGUGGACACAGCACUGCGCAUUCGCCGAUCGAUACAGGACCCAAGAGUAUAUCGCCGACUCCGCUACAGCAAAAUGUAUCUCCAGCUUCGAGUUGCAGCAUCAGCGGGCUCAAUUUUGCUGGAAAUAUGACAAAUAUUCCUCACAGCCAGCUAGAAAUGCUUGAAGCUACGCACAGAGGCCUACACAAGUUCAACCCUAGGCAUCACGAUGAAAUCGAAGUUGAAAUUGGUGACCCCAUAUAUGUGCAGAAAGAAGCUGAAGAUUUAUGGUGUGAAGGAGUCAACUUAAGGACGGGGCAGCAAGGGAUCUUCCCGUCAGCUUAUGCCGUAGAUAUGGACUACAAUGACUUUGAUCCUGCUAAUGCUAAAGAUAAAAAGGAAAGAUAUCUUCUAGCGUACAUGGGGUCUGUGGAGACAUCGGCUCACAAAGGAACUGGGGUGGUCUGCCAAGCAGUGAGGAAGAUAGUUUCGGAAUGCAAUGCAGAACCUACAAUGCAGCCAUGUAUUUUAGAAGUAUCAGAUCACGGGCUUCGUAUGGUGGACCGAUCAAAACCCGCGAGAAAUCGAAACGGGCCAUGUAUCGACUACUUCUACUCCUUAAAGAAUGUAUCGUUCUGUGCGUUUCACCCGCGAGACCACAGGUAUUUGGGAUUCAUCACGAAACAUCCGACAUUGCAGAGGUUUGCAUGUCACGUUUUUAGAGGUCAGGAAUCCACGAGGCCCGUAGCUGAAGCUGUGGGGAGAGCGUUCCACAGGUUCUACCAGACAUUUAUAGAGACGGCGUAUCCAAUUGAAGACAUUUACAUAGAAUAG